CAUAUUUUUGUUCUUCGAUAAGACGGAAGUUCGUGAUGCGGCGUAAUCAUGCGAUGAUUAUAAGUACAUCAUGCCUAGCUUCCUGUCGACAGCCUAUCGUACAGUGGUAUUCACCAUUGAACGAAAUCGCAAGAAAAUACUAUUCUACGUCGUACAGUUCUUACGCUUGGUGUUGUUUGGCUCCCUACUUGCGGCGGACCCACCUGCUGAUGAAGCGCUGGAUAUACUGGCCUUCUUUGUUUUUAGCUGCAGCAUGCCAUUCGCUUGGGUCGCAAAAAUGACUCAAUUCAAUUGGGGCAUGAUGCUGAACGUUACUAUUGCACGAUAUAAUGCUGGACAAGAAGGACGACGAGAGGGCUGGGGUCAAGCUCGUCUGGGCGAAGGCAUUUGUCCUGCAUUGAGUGUAUUUGAUGCGACGUUCUUUGCGUGCAUUCUGUGUCAUCGCACCGUUCCUCCCAGUGUCUCCGGCAUAUUUGGACCUUUGAUCAUAAUGAUCCACAAGACAGCUGGAAGGCAUACAUGGCAAGUCGUCAUGGCGCAGCGAUGGUCUGCGCUCUUCUGCGCUGGAUUGGACAUAGACUACUACAUCAAACUCGCUUCCCUCGCCGGGUGGACAUACAUCCAGCAAGUGCGAUUCCUUGCGCGUGCCAUGUUCGACGUUUAUCUAUUCUAUCCGACAUCGAACGGCAACUGCACCACGUCCAGCCCCGCAAUUGAAGAGGUCUAUCGCGUGCACUAUUCGAGCACGAUCCAUGAGGCUUCAGACCAGAGCAGCGCUUUUCUGGUACACUUCAGUCCUUCGUGA